AUGGGUGGUCUGACAGCCAUCACCCCAACAACGGGUGGUCUGACAGCCCUCACCCCAACAACGGGUGGUCUGACAGCCCUCACCCCAACAACGGGUGGUCUGACAGCCAUCACCCCAACAACGGGUGAUCUGACAACUAUCACCCCAGUAACAGGUGACCUGACAACUAUCUCCCCAGUAACAGGGGCAUGUCCUCCCCAUCAGACGUCUUGCAGGGAUUGGUGGACCUGUAUUCCCGUUGAUCGGCUUUGUGACGGUGUGGAUGACUGUCCUGAUGGCUCUGAUGAAGACGGUGCUCAGUGCGCAACAACUUGUGAUGGACAGUUUCUCUUGAUGGGGUCCAGCGGCUCCUUUCGCUCUGCAAAUGCGGCUCAGCCAUCAUACAACAGCAGCAGCUUUUGUCGCUGGAUCAUCCGAGUGCCAAGUGAACAUUCUGUUCAGAUCAUCUUCCAGCACUUUGACACAGAGGAACAAAGUGACACUCUGAGAGUUUAUGAAGGUGUUGGACCGAAGAAACGACUGAUAGCUGAGCUGUCAGGCUCCACCUCCCCUGGGACAAUAUGGCUGUUCAGUGACCAAUCGACUGUCGAGUUUUCCUCUGAUGAAUUCAACAAUCUGUCAGGAUUCAGUGCCACCUACAGGGCAGCAAACACGUCCAACCUGUCAAAUGAACAGAAGCUGAGCUGUUCCUUUGAGCAAGGCAUGUGCCUCUGGCGCCAGCAGCUGAAUGAUGAUGGAUACUGGAUUCGAAUCAACGGUCCAACAUUUCCUCCGCUCACUGGUCCGAGCGUGGACCACACGUUUGGCAAUCAGUCAGGUUUCUAUUUGGUUACGCCACGGAGCCCCGGACAGUUUCUCAGGAGAUUCCGGAUCCACAGUGUCCGUCUGUCUCCGUCCACACAGCCGGCAUGUCUGCACUUCUGGUCCCACAUGUUUGGAGAAGAUGUUCAUCAGCUGACACUUUUCCUCUUCCAGUGGUCACCAUCGGAUGCUGAAGCCAAUGUUACCACUGUGUUCCAGAGAGAAGGGAACUUUGGUGACACCUGGAACUAUGGCCAGGUCACUCUGAACCAGACUGGUGAUGUGGUGGUCGUAUUUGAAGCUCUAAAAACAGGUGGGAUGUGGAAUGACAUCGCUCUGGAUGACAUCACUCUCACACCUGGUCACUGUGGCCCCACCCCCCCUGACCCAACCACUGUACCACCACCAACCACAGCUCCGCCCACCCCCCCUGAUUGUGGAGGGCCCUUUGAACUCUGGGAGCCAAACUCAACAUUCACCUCUCCAAAUUACCCACAAUUCUACGGGAAUGAGGCUCACUGUCAGUGGAUCCUCCAUGCUCUCAAGGGCCGGAACAUUGAGCUGCACUUCCUUGAUUUUGACCUUGAAGCGACCCAUGACGUUGUCGAAGUGCGGGAUGGGAUGGGGCCAAACUCCACCUUUUUGGGUGUCUUCACUGGCAACAACUGUCCCUCCCCCAAUCUGAUCUCAACAGCCAAUCAGAUGACAGUUUGGUUCUUCACAGAUAAGUCGGGACGCUGCCGAGGAUUCCAAGCUAAUUUCACCUCUGGGAUCAACCUUGGCUCACCAGAGCCAUGCACAGCCGGUCAGUUCCAGUGUGACACAGGAAGCUGUAUCCAUGGCAGCGGUCAAUGUGAUGGAGUUGUUGACUGCCCGGAUGCUUCUGAUGAAGCAGAAUGUGUUAUUUUACACGUAAAUGGAUCCCGACGCUUAAAGUUUAAGCUCAUCUUCUCACUGCUCACUGUCUGCUCCCUCACCUGGAAUUCUUACCUGUCCAACUUCACCUGCCAGUACCUGGGAUACAGGAGUCGAGUUCUUCUGCUGUUCCUCCACGCUAUGGCCGUGGUUGUGGUGUUCAGCAGUUGUGAGCCAUGCACAGCCGGUCAGUUCCAGUGUGACACAGGAAGCUGUAUCCAUGGCAGCGGUCAAUGUGAUGGAGUUGUUGACUGCCCGGAUGCUUCUGAUGAAGCAGAAUGUGUUAUUUUACACGUAAAUGGAUCCCGACGCUUAAAGUUUAAGCUCAUCUUCUCACUGCUCACUGUCUGCUCCCUCACCUGGAAUUCUUACCUGUCCAACUUCACCUGCCAGUACCUGGGAUACAGGUCGGGGAAGGUGAUGCUGCUGCCUGCACUUCCAGAAGAUUCACCAUUCACAAACUUCAGUGUCGGUGUUGAUGGAAACGUUACACUUAGUGUCAGUGAAACGUGUCAUGGCGGACAUGUGGUUUCUCUGACCUGUGACAAUCAGCCCUGUGGUGUUCGCCAGGUCUUUAACAACGUCAGUGUUUUGGUCCAAGCAGAAGGGCAGAGAAAAGACAAAGAGUCUCUGGGAAAGAUCACUCAAGGAGUGGAUGAGAUCCUGAAGGCAGGUGGCUUCUCUCUGAAACCCUGGGUAUGGUCUGGCCACAGUGGGAGGCAAGUGAAUACUGGACAGGUCCAAACACAAGAUAGAGACCUCCAGAAUCAAGCUCUGAGGAAAACUAUCAUCCUUCCGAAUCAGAUGAGGGAUGAUGAUAACAAGGCCCUUGGAAUCGGCUAUGAUAUGGCGGAGGGCAAGCGGUACAUGCUUACCUCAAUCAAUUUCUCUAAAAAGAAAAAGGAAAUGAGACUUGGUUCGAACUUUGUGGGAAGCAAGCCCACGCUAGAGGAGCUGUACAGAUAUCUAGAACAUCUGGACAAGACCAAAGUAGAGGACAAAGUUGCAAAAGAUGGAACAGAAUGGUCCUGGAAGUUCCACCCUGCAGACUCACCACAACGAAAUGGCGCUGAAGAAGCUGCAGUUCGGCUGGUUUUCAACCUGCAUAUUGCACUGGUAAAACAAUAA